GCUGCUUGCCAUUUAGGACGCUUUACAAAGUUGUGUGUGUGUGUGUGCGUGUUUUUUUUUUCUUCUUCUUCUUCUCUCUCCAUGGUCUUCGGAUCCGGAUUUUUUUUUAUGAGCGACACAGACACGGGGAUGUUCACAUUAUAGUUAGAUCAGACCGUUGAAGCUUAAAAUGUGGAUUCUAGUUUUGAGUCUAAAAAAAAAAAAAGCCGAGGCGUUCUCCGUCCCAACAUCUGGAUUAACUAUUUGGAGUCGGCGGCUCCGCAACAAAAACCAAAUGGAUGUCUAGCUCGGGUCCGGGGCAAAGAAAGACACGCUUGACUGUGGGAUUCUACUUUUAAUAACCCGGGUUUUGUUCAUAGAUUAUGUAUUCUUUACAAUGGGUGCGAACAAUGGAAAACAGUAUGGAAGUGAGGGUAAAGGCAGCUCAAGCAUCUCUUCUGACAUAAGUUCGAGUACGGAUCACACACCAACCAAAGCUCCAAAGAAUGUGGCUACCAGCGAAGCUGUGGACUCAAGCACGCGGACACUGAGCACCCCCAGCCCCGGUCUUAUCCUGCCUUCGAAGUCCUCCUCUCUCUCCUCGCCAGCCCUCUCCAGCAAUGGCCAUGAAACCAACUCCUCCUCUUCCUCCUCUAACCCGGCUGAGACUGUCGCUGUGGUGCACCCUCAGCCGGGCACCCACACCCGCCCCCGCCAGUCCAAAGGUUACCACCCUGCCCCCAUCGACAUCCUCCCCGACCACACCCUCCUACAGAUCUUCUCCCAUCUGCCCACCAAUCAGCUGUGCCGUUGCGCACGGGUGUGUCGGCGCUGGUACAACCUGGCCUGGGACCCGAGGCUGUGGAGCACCAUCCGGCUAACGGGGGAGCUGCUGCACGCUGACCGUGCCAUCCGAGUCCUCACCCACCGGCUGUGUCAGGAUACCCCAAACGUGUGCCUGACCCUAGAGACAGUGGUGGUCAAUGGCUGCAAAAGGCUGACUGACCGGGGACUGCACGUGGUGGCUCAGUGCUGCCCCGAGCUACGUCACCUGGAGGUGGCAGGCUGUUAUAAUAUCUCCAACGAGGCUGUGUUUGAGGUGGUAUCUCGCUGCCCCAACCUGGAACACCUAAACCUCGCAGGUUGUUCCAAGGUGACAUGUAUCAGCCUCACCCAGGAGGCCUCGCUCCAACUGUCCCCCAUGCACGGCCAGCAGAUCUCCAUCCACUAUCUGGACAUGACCGACUGCUUCUCCUUGGAGGACGAGGGCCUGCACACCAUCGCCUCCCACUGUCCCCGCCUCACACACCUCUACCUGCGUCGCUGCACCCGGCUGACAGACGAGGCCCUGCGUCACCUGGCCCACCAUUGCCCCUCCAUAAGGGAGCUCAGCCUCAGUGACUGCCGCCUGGUGGGAGACUUUGGUCUACGCGAGGUCGCCCGCCUGGAGGGCUACCUGCGCUACCUGAGCGUGGCCCACUGUACCCGCAUCACGGAUGUGGGCAUCCGCUAUGUGGCCCGCUACUGCCCACGGCUCCGCUACCUGAACGCCCGGGGCUGCGAGGGGCUGACGGACCACGGCCUGGGUCACCUGGCCAGGAGCUGCCCCAAGCUCAAGUCCCUGGACGUGGGUAAGUGCCCCCUGGUGUCAGACAGUGGGCUGGAGCAGCUGGCGCUUUACUGCCAGGGCCUGAGGAGGGUCAGCCUGAGGGCCUGCGAGAGCGUGACGGGGCGAGGACUCAGGGCUCUGGCGGCUAAUUGCUGCGAGCUCCAGCUUGUUAACGUGCAGGACUGCGAGGUGUCACCCGAGGCGCUGCGUUUCGUCAGGCGCCACUGCAGACGCUGCGUCAUUGAGCACACGAAUCCCGCUUUCUACUGAGGAGCGCUGUUUUUGGAUUGGUUUUCUGACAAGUGGAUGUUUUUCUAUUCCUGCAAUGGGGGUUCGGCAGAGUUAUGGGAUGAGGUGCCGGGGGACUGGUUGGGAAAGUGGUGUGCAAUAAUCCCUUAAUUUGUUCUUUCUAAUCUGCAUGGUUGUUGAUAAUGCUGUCCCUUGCAAAUACUUCCAUGGAAUGUAUUUAACAUAUUUAUCUGUAAAAAGGUAGAUUUCAGUAUUUCAAUGUAUUACAUUUUGUUCCACAGGUCACAGUUUGCAAUGUAACAAUAUGCAACAACAUUGAGCACUGGGUACCAAUGUGUUACCAAUUAAACGCAUUUUCAUACUCUUAUUUUUAAAUUCAUCAUCACCUUAAGACCCGGAAACAUAACCAGCAUCGUACAUUGCCAAUCCUAUUUAUAAACAGCAAGUAUCGUCAAACUAAACCACUAAGAAUGUAGCUCAUCCAGCAACAGCAAACCAUUCUGGUGAUCUUGAGUACAACUCGUCCGUCUCUCUAAGUACUUCAAAUGCUCCUCUUUCGUGUUGCGUAGAUAUGCACUUUAAGCGGUUUAACUUGCAAUCACUUACAUUGAGCUCAAAGUGUCAUAUUUCAGAUAAUAUUGCCAAGUGAAGUACAAUUAAGUAGAGUUUAUCACCAGUCAGACGAAUAUCGCUGCCAAAGUAGGGGGGAAAAAAAGGUGGAACAUAAAUCUUUCAAACGAAUGGGAACACAUUGCUGCUAUUUGCGCCAAUAAACACCUUCAA